AUGACUCCGACACCGCCUUCUACAAACUCCUCGAGCGUGGAGUCGCCCGAGUUUCGAGUGAUUCGCAAGCGCAACCGCGUACCUCUGUCGUGCGGCCCCUGCCGUCACCGCAAGCUGAAAUGCAACCGCUCACACCCGUGUGAGAACUGCGUCAAGCGCGGCGACGCCGCGUCAUGUACUUAUGCGCAGACAACCACGCGCAAGAAGAACGCGCCCCAGCAGACGGCGACCACUCCCGAUGAUAUGCAAAAUCGCAUCGACCGACUGGAAGGCUUGGUCUUGUCGUUGAUGACCAACGGCUCUCAGUCGGCCGGUCCGGCGGCUGCCCUGGCGGCGAUCACCGGGGAUAGCAGCGCGGACUCGGCUCAUCCUUCGAACGAGUUUGAUAUUGAUAUUGACGACGAUGGCAAUGAUGGCCCGGAGGAAAGUGAUACAGAGCAGGUUACCAAGUCCUUUGGAAUCAUGAAGGUGGACAACGCCAACAAGUCCUAUUACAUCAGCGAUGCUCACUGGGCCUCUGUGCUGAAUGAUAUUUCUGAAGUGCGGAAUUUCUUUGCAUCACACAAGAAACAAUACGAGGAGCAGGCGGAGAAAGUCAAGGGUCAUCAGCCGCCCACGGAUGUUACAGAGUCGACACUGCUGUUUGGUGCCAUGAAACCCAUGACUCGGCCUGAAAUUUUGUCGUCUUUGCCAUCCAAGUACACGUGUGAUAUGCUUGUUGCCCGCUACUUCAAUACCUACGACCCUGCGACUCAUGUUCUUCAUGCUCCUACAUUCCAAGCACAGUACAACAAACACUGGGAAGACACAUCUCAAACUUGUAUUGUCUGGAUCAGCAUGCUCUUUGGCAUGAUGCGACUGGCCAUGCUGUCCUAUAGCCGGGAAGGUGACGAGCCUCCCGAGUUCCGGGGCAAGUCGAUAGACAUGGCCAGUUCAUUUCGAAAUUCCGUGGCCCAGUGCUUGACCCUAGCGGACUAUACAAAGCCAUACCCCUAUCUCAUUGAAUCGCUCGUGUUCCACCUGCAUGGCGAUUUCUCCCAGACUCUAGAGGCCUCCGUUUCCGUUUGGGUGCUGACGGGUGUGAUUACUCGGCUGGCAAUGCGGAUGGGAUAUCAUCGGGACUCCAAGAUGUUCCCCAACAUAACUCCGUUCCAGGGCGAGAUGCGACGACGCGUGUGGACCUUUGUCCGCUCUGCGGAUCUGCUGUUUUCAUUUCAGGUUGGACUGCCGAGUAUGAUUCGCAGCACCGAUAGUGAUACGGAACUGCCGCGGAAUCUCUAUGAUGACGAUUUUGAUGAAAACUCCAAGGAGCUGCCGCCUCCACGGCCGCUAAAUGAGCCGACCUCGAUCUCGUAUCUGAUCGCCAAAGGCCGUCUGGCGCAGGCUUUUGGCCGCGUUGUCGAACACACAUCUUCGGUUGCAUCUAGCUCGUACGACAAGGUGAUGGAAAUCGACGCCGAUCUCCGUCGUGCAAGGGAUCUGAUUCCUGAGCAUCUGCAAAUUCGGCCCAUGGAGGAGUGCCAGUUGGAUCCGGCCAAUCUCAUCUCGUCCCGGUUCAGUAUCAUGAGUGUGUAUAACAAAGCACAAUGUGUAUUACAUCGACCGUACCUGGUACGAGCGCGUGAUAACCCCCGUUUCACAUACUCACGACGGACGUGUAUCGACUCGGCCAUGGAUAUUUUGAGCUUCCAGAAGAUCCUUUCAGUAGAAAAUGGGCCGUCGGGGCGCCUACGCAGGGGCCUGGGCCGAGUCUCGUCUUUGACAUCAGCAGAUUUCCUGCUUGCUGCCUCCAUCGUCUGUCUUGAUUUAUACCACGGAUUCCAGCUUCAGGCAGCGGGACGGCCGUCCGGAGACACGUACACCUGGGGUCGAGAGCGGCGCGAGGAAAUGAUGGCGGCGAUCCGGCAGUCGAAAGAAAUAUGGGAUCAAUUAGGAGACGAAAGCAUGGAAGCAUGGAAGGCAUCCGGCAUUCUGGGUGUGAUGCUCGGAAAACUGAACACGAUCCCAGGUCUGGAAAACGGGGCUGCGCCGAACAUACCGUUUGAGCCGCAGGACGAGAAGCAGAAUGCCGCCAUGACACUUGGUCUGCUGAGCAGUGGGAUGAGUCCGAUGAACUCAGGUCCGGCUUCUUUCCCGGAUCCAAUGUUCAAAACCACGGGUUCGCCCCUGCCAACUGCGGGAAUGAGCAAUCCCACCGAGAUCUCGGGUGCGCUCUCGCCGUUCAGUAGCAUGUUCGGUCAGAUGCCGGACAUGCAGGUCAACCUCGACUGGGAUGCGUGGGACACCUACCUCCAAAAUCCAACGCUUGACACAAGCAACCAAUUCUGGCACAUGAUGGACGCACAACGGCAGCCAACUCCACAGACUGUCGGCAUGUCCCAACCAUCCGUAUCUAGUCCUCUGGCCUCAGCACGGUUCCCAACACCCUAUUCCGCUGCCAUGGGUGUCCUCCCAUCCGAGGGCAAUAACCCGCGGGCGCCCAACAUAUUUUCACCGCCAUUUAACAGCCCCGAUAGCGGUGGUAAUAGUCUUAGCACGCCCUCGACAUCCCAGCCCGGAAGUACAAGCCGGGACCAAGGAAAUGCGUGA